CUGACUGAAUCCACUUCCCCUCGGAAGUGUGUGAGAAGGUUCCUUUUUUUGCAUUCAACUCUUGCGACGUUUUUUUACAUCAAGUCUAUUCGUUCUAUCCUCGAGGGCGUCACUUGCUCGGGUAGUCUGAAUACCCUUGACCCUCCAAUGACUUUGAUUCCUGUGUUGAGUACUAUUUAUUACUUCAAGACCGAGAUUGCAUAUCAACACUGUGAACCGAGACAAGAGUGGGAUACAAUUCAAAUUUCGCCUUCUUCCAUCAAAGCGUUCCCCCCGUCCUGUCACCACGCGUGAGAAAGUUGAGUCGUCAUUGUUGAUUUCACGAAUCCGCACAACUCUUGGGAUGCUGCAACGACUUUUUGUUGUCGUCGCGAAGCUUCGGCGCGUCCACCCCCAACACGUACGUGGCCUUCUGUAGCUUCUGGCUCCGCGGCAUCAGCGCUUGCUGAUAUGCGUGUAUGUUUCCGUAAGAUGGGCUUGACGGUGCUGUGUCAACGUCGAGGUAGACUACAGUACAUCCGUGUCUCGUGAGUCAACUGCGCGUACAGGGCUUUGCGACGGAGUCGGAACGAGUGCAGGGGUCCGGGAGAGGCACAGACUUGCAACUCGUCGAGUUCAAGACGUUGGCGGCAUCCAAAACCGCAAGCAUGGCCGUCUCUUCCCAGAAAGGGAACCGAGUCCCAUGAUACUCGUGCGCGAGCUCGGUGUAGGGGGUCUGGACCUCGGAGACCCCGUGCCAACAUGCUCGCGUCGGGUAUUCCUGACUCGCGGCGUUCCCGACAAUGGCUGCGUUGGUAGAGUCUGGGUUCGGCUCUUCUGGAGGCCUGUUGCCUUGACACCGGGUCUCACGGCGCGACUGAGAAGGUCAAGCUUACUGAUGUUUGGAAAGUCGGCCGUCGACGCAAUCUUUGAUGCCUCCGGAUCGAUCGUCAAAUUGCUCGACCAAACCCACGUUCGGUCAGUCAUUCAUUCGGCCAGCCGGCGGGCUUUGCGUGAUGAUGUGGCUUCUCACGCUCCAGCAACAAACGAGGGACAUGCAUCCGAAUUCACGUCGGCUUGCAAGACACACUUCCAGUCACUUGUGCAGCAAAUUCGUGUCGAUGUGUCCACCCAUGACGACGAGACCUCUUGUCCGCGAGGCGAAUCUCGGCUCUGCGCGCACGGCGAGGGCGAUGUUGGUCAAGGCCCCUCCGGCAUAAACCGCAACCCCUCCGGGAUACUUGUUGACCUGCUCGAUCAUCCAGACGGCACCUGGAGUGCCUGGCGAGCGCGGUGUUCGGGCAUCCCUCGAGAGGGAGGCAGCUUUGACCACCCGAUCGGGAUUGCCAGAAGUCGGAUCGCUCCCGGCGGCCUCGGCCGUGAGAUUUUCUGGUGCGAAUGCCCCCUUGCCAUGGUGAGCCGCCGUGCACAUCCCCCCCAAGCUUGGAAGAGCUCCGGUGUGUCGAGGAGUGGGCAGUCAGUCAGCCCCCCUUGGGUAGACGGGGAUAUGUGAUGACAGAUUGCCGACUUCCAAGGCGGCAAGGCCGCGCAGACUGUUGUUUGAAGAGCCCAGGAGUCUGCCGUAUCACCCACGAGACCGAGCACGGUCCCAGCCGGCGUCGAGGGCCCUGAGGGACGGAAUGAACCCAACCGGACUCCAGUCAUUGUCGAGGAUGACCUUGGUGGGUGUUGCGUUGACGCCGGUGCCGACGACUGCCGGCGGGAUCGAUGAGAGUCUCAUUGCGACCGGUUCAGGAGAGGGUGUACCUUCGGGCUCGUCCUUUGGUGUGUCCGUGUGCUCGAACAGUCGCAUUCGUGGCCGAGGGGCCUUGGGCGUACUCUCAUCGUUCGAGAAGGACCGGGGGCCCAAUUGCCAGACACAGUGCCAGCCCCGACCCCUUCCUCGUGUCCACAGGUUACUGAGGGUCACUCGGGUCUGGAUAUACUGUUGUCGUUCACCUCAAGGUGCAUCGUACGGUCUUGAGCACCACUGAGCAGCCAACUUGAGGCGAUGAACCCCGUGCCAUCGGCCGAGUUGUGCUCCACUCCGACAUGGCUCAUCUGCUCAAGCACAAAACACUUUGUCCACUUUCACUGAGGAGUCAUGAAGUAGGAGAAGCUCCCCCCUCCUGUCUCGCAGUACCAGCAUUGCGCAGAAGCUUCCAUGGUGCUUGUGUUGCCUCAUGCACAUGCAAACAGGGUCGUUUGCGUAGGAGCAGUGCAUGGUAAUCACCGGUGUUCGGCAGAGUCCGCGACUCGUGGAUCGGCACGCUCGGUGAUCCAGAGAUCAAAGUUAGACCAGUGGGCUCAUCCUUCAACGUGAACAACAGCUUCGUCGGACGACUGGUUUAUGGAGGAGACCAACCUAAUGUGGCCGGAUUAAGCCGUAGGUCGGGAAAGAAUCGAUGGCACUGAAGAUGGCAGAACAAGCGAGAAGAGUCAGGAAAUGCAGACGAUAUAGUCUGACUGGCGCAUUUCAAUCUCGACUCCUAUACUCCUUUAGAUCAUACAAAGCUACAUUUUCGCGUUGAAGCCAUUUAGCUGAAUGUGACAUAAAAUCAUUCGAUUCAACACUUG